GUGUCCAUAGUGUAAACAGAUACUGUAUCCCUUGCUGUGGGCGGGAAAUAUCGCCUUUGACAGUAGAUGCAACAUUCAAACGGCAUUUGUUCAUGCACUGGUGAACCUCGUGGACGCAUGCGAACGAUUCAGACACAUCCGAGUAAUAUGCAGUUAUUUCCAAUUCAGAUACCAGCUUAUAUUCCCUGUUUUCCUAUGGAGAUGUGUAUAACCUGUCGUGCCAUAUGAAUCUGUAGAUCGUGGCUUGCCGUAUAAAGCUGUAGAUCUUGACGUGCACAAAACCAUAUGAAGCUGUAGACCCUGGUAUGAAGCUGUAGACCCUGUCGUGCCCAACAAAGCUGUACAUCCUGUCGUGCCAUAUGAAGCUGUAGAUCCUGCCGUGAUAUAUGAAGCUGUAGAUUUUGACGUGCAUGAAGCUGUGCAAGAGGCUGUACCGUAUGGGAUAUUUGGUGAAGUCAAAGCGCAUUGUUUCGUUGAUACACUGACGUUGUUAUUCACUUAAAACCUCGGGUGAAUUGGACGCGAACGAGUAGGGGCCGAGGUCCACUGAAAACAGUACUGUUCCUGACAUCUCCAAAAUGAACACAUCCAUUGACAGUAACGUCACCUAUAUUGAAGACGAUUGGGAAUACCUGAAGAGGAUCUACAAUGUGACGCCGCUGACAGACGGAGGGUACUUUGCUUGCGCCGUGUAUCUCCUCUUUGUUGGUGUCCUAGCAACGUUCGGUAACCUGAUUGUUCUACACAUAUUCUACAAAAACAAGAAGCUUCUCAAGAACCCCCAGAAUCUCUUCAUCUUUAAUCUAACAGUAUCAGACCUGGGUAUUUCUCUGUUUGGGUACCCCUUGACGACAACAUCCUGUUUUGCCCAGAGAUUCUUAUUCGGAGAAAUCGGCUGUAUCAUACAAGGCGUGACGACCUUCACCUUUGCCCUGGCGGACAUGAAAACCCUGGUAGCCUUAAGCGUGUACCGGUACAUCUACUUGUGUUGGCCACACUUAAAAUAUCGACUGACAAUCGAGUUCACGCGAAUGGUGAUAGCGGGUCUAUGGCUGUACUCACUGUUUUGGACACUGAUGCCACUGUUUGGCUGGAGCCGCUACGUCCUGGAACCUUUCGGGACUUCCUGCAGCAUCGACUGGACACUGAGAAGCCACGCUGGUCGAGCCUACACUUUGUGCCUCAUCUUCUUCUGCUUCUUUGUCAAUAUUGGCAUCAUGACGUUCAGCUACGUGAAAGUCGUGGUUACAUCAAGACGACUCAUGAAGAGGCUUAAGGCCACUAGGACUGCAGUCAGUAUAGACGAAGCACUCGAACAGAGAAAUAUCUCAAAGGAGCACAGGCUCGUCUGGAUUUCUAUGGCCAUGGUCGUAUCCUUCGCCAUCUUAUGGUCACCAUACGCCAUAUUGUCCAACGUGUUUGCCUACGUCGAUGACAUUCCUCCAUGGGUGUCCACGGUUCCGACCAUGUUCUGCAAAAGUUCCUGCCUGCUGAAUCCCGUCAUCUACUGCAUGUUCAACCAGGACUUCAGGAACUGUGUUAUUGGGAUAUUUUCGAGGCGGAGGAAAGUUGGCGAGGCGGUGAAAAGCAAGCCGAUCAGGCGAGUCAUCGUCGACCGAACAAGAGAAGGCAUUUACAUCGGGGAUGCUGAAGUCGAGGUCAGACACGAGAAAAGAAUCCUUUUUUAGCCGGUAUAUUGAAUGACAAUGGUGUCAGCAUACCCGGACCAGCAUCAAGUCACGUGACCCCUAGACAUCAUCUUGAGAUGCACGUGACACUCGGAAUUGUUGGAUUGAUCGGCGUCGGUCGUGAUAGUUCGCUGUGAAGAUCGAAUGAAGGUUGUUAAGUCAUUGAUGAAAGGUGGAUGCGUUAGGCUGCCACGCCUUGCUGUUUGAUUCACGGAGUGUUUACAUUGCUUGUCAGAAAUGUAGGCAUCCGAAGUUCUAUGGUUUUAUUGAGUAAAGCGAAGUAUUUGACAAGAGGUGGUGUUUAUCGUCGCGUUCAGGAUUAUCGACUUACAUUGCGACGUACCUGUGUAUGUGGCUGCUUGUACUUGUCCGGACUAAUGCCGGUUCAUAGUGCUAGCCGUCUGAUAUACCAUGGCACAGUUUAACGUGGAUACACUACUCGGAAACAGCCAUCCGGUUCAGCACCAGGAGAAGUAACAUAAGGUGCCAUCUCUCACGACUUUUGGUAUGGCGCGAACCACCUUCCGCUCUCAGGGCAGAAGCUCUACCCACUAGACCACGGAGGCAGACUAUUUCAUAGUAACAAAACAAUUCCAAGAUUAAAUCAGAACUUCGGAUUCCUGUGCAGGAACAGUCCUGUAUUAGAGGUCAGUGAAUCUCCUGGCUACUGCAUUGAAGUGCAUGGAUUCCCAUGGAUAAGGUGUCAAAGGUGACUCGCCUGGCGCGGCACUACGAGUCUGCGACUGGUAGGGUAUCAAGGAUGAGUGAGUAUGGUUUUACGCCGCAUUUUAGCAAUAUUCCAGCAAUAUCACGGCGGGGGACACCAGUCAUGGCCUUCACACCUUGUACUCAUGUCGGGAAUCGAGCCCUGGUCUUUGGCGUGACGAGCGAACGCUUUAACCACUAGCUACCAGACCGCCCCGUAUUGUGGAUGACGCCACUGAGAAGCCAUGAAGGUGCGUUGCUAUGUGUUAAAGGUCCGCUAUUGCCCUUGUUUGGACGUUAUGGCAUUAAUGGUAUUGGUAAUUGUAAAUGACUCCUCUUGUAAGGUAGUUAAGAGUACGUAGUACUGUAUAACACAUAUACUACAGCUGCUUGUUUGAACUUUGAUGAGGAAAGAUAUUUAUUUAGGUUCUGCCGGUUUAGCAGUCCCCUUUCACUUUACCAAGUGGAAAUAAAUAUAGUUUAAAAAAGAGAAAAAAAGUACGUAGUCCCCUGUUAAGGUGGUUAAGGGCAAUUAAGUGACACUCCUGGUAAAGUACCUCAGGCCAGUAGAUCCCCUGGCGAAGGUGAUACUAUAACGUAUCUAUUAUUUGCUAUUGUAUUAUGGGCAUUAAUUCUUUGAUAAGGUAUUACCUCCCUUGUAAAGUGCCAUGUGUCACAUGUUUUAAGGUCAGUAACUCCUUCGGUAAUAAAUCAAAUAUCAUCGGCCGGACUGGCUAAAGAAUAAGGGCUGUGUAUUACAGGUCAAUGACCUCUAGCCACAAAAGUAUUAUUUGUCAAUAACCUCCCUGCCGAAAUAAGUGGUCAAUGACAAUGUUCUAGAAUUCCAAAGAUGUAUAUUUCGGAAGUCUUGUCGGUUACAAGCAGUGUUUAAAAUAUAAAAAAAACUGUCAGGCCGGACCAACUUAUUUUAGAAGCUGCAAGUCCGGACUUAGCACUUCAGGCCCUCGUUUAAGAAACUACAGCUCAUCGUGAUAAACAAACUGACAUGUAAACUUACUGCAGGCCACAAGCACCCCAACUACGGGUCCGAAUUGAGAUGCCCCAGUCACGGAACACUGGGCAGGCGCGGAUUUGGAACAUUGGUUACAAGUCAAGAAAACGUAUAUUCAUGUGUCGGUGAUAUAUAUAAUAUUUCUGGACAAUUACAUUUUUGGAUGUCGUACUGCAGAAAACAGAUUUUCUUUCCGAUGUCACCGAUGGAGUGUGACCUUUCGAGGAAAUAAAUAGGUCAGUAGACGCCGUCUUGUAGUCGUGAGCCACGGUAAAUAGCAAGAGACCUACGAUUUGGCCUAUCUGAGAGAGCAAGGUACAGAUGCUGGGAGUCAUAUGUGGUCCUAAUUGAUCUAAUUACACAUGGACAAUACCUAUCUAUCACGGGACUAUUGAUCUUACGUUUUCGUUUAUGUCGCUCCUGUAUGCGGGCUGCCAUGUGCGUCAGAAUGAAUCUUCAGUCGUUAAUCUGUCAAGCUACUGUACAUCGAUAAUGUAGGUGUUCAAUGUUCGAGGUUGGUUGGAGACUUCCUCUCAAUGUAUGUGCGAGUGUAUAUAAUGCAGUGUCGUAAUGCCGUUAGGAACCGUCCAUAUGAUAUUAGGGGCUAAGGGGGUGAGGGGUGUUAUCGAAAAAGAAAAUUGUCCCAGAAAUGUCUUGAAAAAAAAGAUGCUUCAGACUGAAAAAAACCCCGAGAAACUCCGUCACAAAAAUUACGUUGUUCGAAGGUGUUUUUCUGAAAAAAUAUUCAGGCUCUUUGUUGUAAUUAAAAAAGUAUCUCACUGUCAUUAUCUAGUUUUUGCAGAUGUAGCUGAAACAUUAUCUUCUCUCUAGACAAAAUCCCAACCCACCCAAACCCCGAAUAUCAUACGGUCGGUCCUUAACCAUAUUGUCACGUAAACAUUCUGUGAGAUGUCACGGUUUGUGUGUGGACGGACCUAUGCCAUACACAAGCCAUCGAGCAAUUGUUAUAGACUUACGAAUGAAAAUAGUGAACAUCAAUUUU